UUCUCGGUUACAGUAAGAGCUGUUAAAGGCGGAGCAGCUUCACUUUCCCCGCCCAUACACUCACUCACUCACUCACUCACACACACACACACACACACACUCACUCACACACGUACAUAUACAUACAAACACGCGCGUGCACACGCUCUCACUCGCUCUCUCGCUCUCUCAGAGUCACGCGCGAGGUGCUGGUCCUCCGAUGCGAUCCGUGUAGCUCAGUGAGGAGGCAAAAAAGGUCGCGUGGACGCGUUUCAUGGCAGCAGCGCUGAUCACCGCCACGAGCUCCGCGCUCGCGCCGCCGGGACACGACGAGUUCGCCGUGGAGGAUCCCUGCGCCCUGUUUCACUUCGACUGCAAGAGCCCCCAGCCGGACAGGGUGUUGGCCGGCGACUAUGCGCAGGCGAAGCUGGAGAUGGACAAAUACCUGACACCUCAGCCCCAGGCUUCCCUGCUAGCCAAGAAGGAUCAGAGCUUGUCUGUGGUGGACCAGUUAUUUGGAGAUGACCAGGGCUCCCCUUAUAGCAUCAACAUGAAUGUCUACCUGCCUGAUAUCGCCUACCUACGCAGUGGCCUGUGCCGCCCAGCCCGGUCCUCCAUCCACAGCCAAGUCAAAAGCAAGCCAGUGACCUCAUCAUCUUUCUCUUCUACACUGGACUGUUCCAUUAGCACACCUGUCCCGGCUCUGCCGGAGUUCACCAGCAUCUUCAGUUCAGCUCCCGGGCCAGGCGUAGGAAUGGACGCCUGUGACGCUUCCGGUGGCAUAUUUGUCAAGCAGGAGAUGCCGUCUUUCGAGCUUCCCCAGGAUGGCCAUCUCUUCCAGCUGCUGAGCUCAGAGCUGGAUGACCCCAUCCAAGGUGUUUCAGACUCUCAUGCCCACACCAUGCCAUCACAGGUGCCCACCUACCAUGACCUGCACUUAGCAGCCACACAGACUGUGGCCAAGCCAUACUGCAGCAUGCAGGCCACUGGGUAUACUCUGGGUCCAGGUCACUUCACUCAAGGCCAGACACAGGUCAAAGCGCCGUAUCUUCCACCCUCGCCGCCCACCUCCGAACCUGGUAGCCCGGACAGACAGAAAGAGCUGCUUCAAAACCUGACGCCCCCGCCAUCUUAUGCUGCCACCAUUGCGUCCAAAAUGGCUGCCCACACACCCAAUCACACCAUGCCCACAUCCACACGCCCGCCUGCAAAUCCUGGAGCUGGAGGCAUGCCGGUCCGCUACAACCGCAGGACAAACCCUGACCUGGAGAAGAGGCGAAUACACCACUGCGAUUUUCCAGGUUGUAAGAAGGUUUACACCAAGUCAUCGCAUCUGAAAGCUCAUCUGAGGACGCACACUGGUGAGAAGCCGUACAGGUGCACGUGGGAGGGAUGCGACUGGCGCUUUGCGCGCUCCGACGAGCUCACGCGUCACUUCCGGAAACACACGGGCGCCAAGCCUUUCCAGUGCGGCGUGUGCAGCCGCAGCUUCUCACGCUCAGACCACCUCGCCCUGCACAUGAAGAGACAUCAGAACUAAACAACAUGUUUCUGUAUGACAAUACUGUACACACACUGACAAUCAUAAUAUGUACUUACACACAGACCUGCGCUCACACACCCUGUAUAGACACACACACACACACACACACACACACACACACAAUGCUAAUCGCGCACUUGAAGAGACACUAGAACAAAACACACAUUUUGUAGUCUAUUUCGACGACCCUUCUUAAGUAUUUAGGGUGAUUCUUUCCCUUUGACUUGUCCUCACAGUUUGAACAACCUUUGACUUUCUCACUUCAUUAGUCCAACCUGGCUCCCUGCUAUGCAAACACUUUGAAAUGCGUAAAGGUGCAGAGGGGUUCUGCAAGCCCCACAUAGACACCACAUAACUCACCACCCAACUCUUAAAGUAGCAAUUUGUUUUCACUAUUUGACGAGAUGGUCUGUGGCCAUGACUAUUGAAAUGCCAUUUCGGAAGGAUUUGCAGUGGCGAAAGUCAUCCAGUUAUUCUUUUUAUCAACUAACUGCAUCUAAUUUAUCUUUAGACUUUUAUCCUAUAUUAACCCAUUGGUAUCCAACAGCUAAAUUUAGUCUGAUUUGGAAAAAUGCCAUAUAAUUUGUCCAGAGUGGUCAAAAUUGAAAUGAAUGAAUUGUUCUGAUUGGUUGCCCUGUAUUGUGCCUUAUUCAUGUGCAGUCCAGGAUGAAAUAAUCCUUAUAACUUGGGUGGGGCUAAAUACUGCAGGCUGAAUAGGUGGAUACAUGUAAAAUCAUUGUGACAGAAUUUUUUAUACUUUUAUUCACAGUCAAAACAGGAUUUAGUGUUGUUUUAGUAAGAACUGCCAGUCCAAUGUGACCAAAAGACUUUAAUAUGAUGAAUUAAGUGUUAAAAUCUGUUAGAUAUAGGGUUAAAUAAUUUGUAAAAUAUCUAGGGAUGCACAAUGAUAUCGGUGUUGGCAGAUAUUCAUUUUAAAAUAUCAUCAUCACACAGAUGUCAGAUUAUGUCUUAGAUUUGACCAAUUUAUAAAAACAAUAUUUGAUGUUGCAUUUAUUGCACAAAACUUUUAACAGACAUCGGGUUACUGUGGUAAAAUAUCUGCAUUUUGUUAGUUUUAUGGCAUUUCUAGAGCUAUAGAAAUAUAUUUUUCCCCAUAAUGUUUGUCCCAAUAUCCACUUUUCAGAAAUGUUUAUGUAUUGGCAUCAGCUUCGGUACAUUUGUUCUUAAAAAUAUUGCAUUUCAACAUUAGCCCACAAAUCUCAUAUUGGUUUAUCCCUAAAAAAUCUCCCGAUUUUUGCUUAGAAAUUUUAAGCAGCACUAUGUAAGAUUUUAUUUGUUAACAUUGUAGCUUUAGACAGUGAAGAGGAGAAAACAUGCUACAAAAAAGAAGCUUAGUUGCCCUAAAUAGGAAUUUAAAGUUUCAAUAGGAAUUUUAAAGUCAGAGCCAUUGGGUCACAUUUUCAAGCUCAAAAAGAAGCUUUGACUCCAUAUCUAAGUCUUAAAUGCAAAAUGAACAAUAAACUGGUGAAGAUAUGAUGACAAAAGUACAUAAUUCACUUGCAUCCUCAGAAGACACUUCCUUCACAAAGUUUUGACUAAACAUAAAUUCUUCAUUUUUCCAUAAGAUCUUUAACACACCUAUGUUAGAUAGAGUCCAUCUUCCUUCAGCUCACUGCUAACAAAACUGCUAUGCCUUGUUUUUCUGAUUGAAAAUUUCUGCACAAAAAAGCUAGUACAAUUUCAAACGUCUAGAACUGGAAUUAAACAAAGACUUUUGUUGAGUCUUUAAUAUCUGUAAAGCUCGAAACAACAUAAACUGUAAACUAUAAAUUGAACUACUUUAUUUUGCACCUCAGUUAGACUGGAAAUGGCUAUGAGCAUCACUGGAUCGAAUACUGUUCAAACUGGACUUGAGUGUAAAUCUAAUCCCUCCAUUUGUGUGAGCCACGCUCUCCGAUUGUACAGGAUGACAUAUUUAUAGCUUUCAAAAAGGGACGUUAAUGUACCGCUACUGAACUGCAAUUACGUCCUGAAUUAUUGAACGGCUGCAUAUAAAAGGAAUGAGGGGAAUAUUAAAGGGAUUCAGACAGCUGUAUGAUUUGUACAGACCUCUUAACACACACACACACACACACACACACACACACACACACACACACACACACACACACACACUCGCAUGCAUGGCAGCCAUUUGGUCAUUGAAGCAUUAGCUUGAAUGUAUAAGACUGCGCGAACACAACUGGAACACAUUUCAUCUUCAAGUGCCUUCUGGGGUUUUCGUUCCAUGCCACAUACUAAAGAGAGUACAUCUUAAUAGGACAAAAAAAAGAAAAAAAAAAAGAACAAAACAAUAAAUCAGCCCUACGAUGUUUACUCUAACGGCAGGUAUUGAUUCAGUAGCUAGUAUUGGUUCACUAUUAUUAGAUUUUGAUUACCAAUUACAUUCAUUCGGCUACCUUUAAAAAUGUGGUGCAGCAGUCGUAAGGCUAUGUGACACAUAAAUCUCUAAUGUCUCUAAUGACAGAAAUCUGCAUAAACAUUUAAAAUGAUAAACAUCAGCUUUUGUCAAUUUUCACCGUUCACCUCAGCAAGGUUUAGGUCGGUGUCAUGUAGCCUUAUGAGUGUUACCAAAAUGCUUUCAAAGGAGCUGAAUUGUCACCUGGUUCUUCCUGUAAAAUUAACUUAUUUAUUGCAAAAGCUUCAUGAAGUGAAAUUUGACAAAUGGGACUUUUUGUGUAACUGAACUGCCUUAAUGUAAAUACCAUUUAUUGUAAAUAUUAUUUUGAUUGAUUUAUUUUUGUUGCUUUUUGUUUUUUAUGAAAUGGAGGGGCACCAACAUAUUACUCUGCGUCUUUGCAGUGUGUCUAUAUUUUUGUUGUUUCGAAUAUUUUUUAUUUUGUACUUAUUUUGUAGAUUCCCAAAUGAUAUUUCUAAAUUGGUUGUCUUCGGGACAAAAGUUGUUUUUCUGCCAACUGAAUGAAACAAAACCUAAUAAAAUCAACAUGACAUUUUG